AUGAACAGUUCCAGUCUUCUCAAAGGAAAAGUCUUCGAGCAAAGACAGCUGCUCGCUCGCGUCAAGCAAGAUUUGGCUCAUGCCUGGCAAGUGCAAAGGGAGCUGGAAGAGGUGCGCAAGGAGAACUCUGCUUUGAAGCAAGACAUCCAGGCCUUGCGGUCGCUGCCCGUUAAGAUAGAGGCCCCUAGCGCUUUCCGUAGGUCCACAGACAGGUCACGAUCGCGAGCCACAGAGCUCCGGUCCACAAACGCGGCCCUCUACAUGCGGAUCUGA